UGCAGCUCGAGCACCUUCAGAGGGAAGCACACCAAGCUAACAAGCUAGGAAGAAAGUCCCUUGCAUCCGACCAGCGAGUGACGUGACGCUUGGAUCUCCAUGGACGGCAAGACGCCUCAUCUGCUCCCUCCGAGCGAGGCCAAAAAGGAGAUCCGGGAUGACGUCCCACUGGUCUGCGCAUGGGCGCUCAUCAACGCCUUCAGCAUCGUCUCCGGAGCAGCAAGCGGCUACACAGCCGCCUACUUCCGUAUCGCGUGCAUCCAGUCCUCCUUCAUUCUGCCGUGCAUCCAGCUGACGGACGCGGAGGAAGCCAGGCUAAUCGCCCUCUUCGUCGGGAUGCUGUGCUGCGCCGCAUCCCAGGCGGCCGCGGCGGCGCUGGCGCUGCUGCUCCCGCGCCACCGUCGCUGGCCCCGCCGUGCCCUCGCCUACCUCGCGCUCGCGGUCACCAUCCUCUUCCAUUGCAUGUACGCCAGCACCAUCUGGAUCCUCCACGCCGCCGACUCAGGAUACAUCUUGGGCAGGAUCUACUACACCGUGAUCAUCUGCUUCAUGGUGGUGUGCGACCUCCUCAGCUGCGUGGCCCUCCUCCUGGAGGUGAUGGGCGGCGCAAGCAUGCAGUGCGUAGCCUAGCCUGUGGCUUCAGCUAGCUGCCUGCAAAGGGAUGAUGUUCGUGAAUCAGCUCAUGAGGUACCCAUGGAUGAGAGCCUAGUUCUAGGGAAUAAUGUAGAUUGAUGGGGUACUAGUGCCGUAGUAUUUGUGAAUCUUUAUGAUGAUACUUCCUGCAUUUUUAUUCUAGGGAAUAACGUAGAUUGAUGGGGUACUAGUGCCGUAGUAUUUGUGAAUCUUUAUGAUGAUACUUCCUGCAUUUUUAAUAAAAUGACCGCAUGCAUCAUCAUGAUGCAGAGGCCGGGGUAUACCUUCAUUUCCAAAAAAAAGUAUUUGUGAAUCUAGUGUUAAUAUCCUGAUCGACUCUAGUAGUUACUCCAUUUGGGCUACACUGGCUAUAUAAUUAGACUGGAUGGAUUGUGGUUACUGUAUAAUUAGACUGGAUGAAUUGUGGUUAUGUUUGAUGUAUUCACCUUUUCUCUA